AUGUCAGGUAUUAUGAUUUCGUUGUCGGAUAUACAAACCCACCGGGUUGAAGGUGAUUGCUGGAUCGCAAUCCACGGUAGUGUUUAUAAUGUUAGCGGGUUCUUAAACAGCCAUCCGGGAGGGAAAGCAAUCAUUCUCCGGCAUGCUGGCACCGAUGCUACCCGUGCCUUUCAAGAUGUCCAUCCGGCUGAGCUUCUUGAUGAGUAUUUGACUUCUGACCAAGUAUUGGGUCAAUUGGAGCCCACAUCUCAGGAUCCCAAGGACGAUGGACAGCCUGAGCAUAUUCCCGCUCCUCUGGAUACGAUCUUGAGUAUAGCGGAGAUGGAAGAACUAGCUUUGAAGCGUUUAAGUCCCAAAGCACUUGCAUACUACGCGUCUGGUACAGAUGAUGAGAUUACAAAACUCGCAAAUGGAGCCAUCUUCAAGUCUGUUCUCCUUCGCCCGAGGGUUUUUGUUGAUUGUACCCACUGCUCGCUGUCAACUAGUAUCCUAGGAAACCAAGUUGGGCUGCCAAUAUUCAUUGCCCCAGCGGCCAUGGCGAAGUUGGCACACCCAUCAGGCGAGAUGGGUAUUGCUGCAGCUUGUUCCAGUCUCAGUGCGCUCCAGAUCAUAAGCAAGAAUGCAUCUGUAUCUGUGGCAGAUAUCGUGCGCGCAGGCCCCAAUGCCGUGUUUGCCUGGCAGCUUUAUGUUCUCAAGGAUAUCAAGGCAACAGAGCGGACUUUGGCUCAGAUAAAGGGUAUUCCACAAAUCAAAUUCAUCGUCUUGACUCUUGAUGCUCCGUUUCCGGGGAAACGUGAGGCAGAUGAGCGUUAUAAGGCGGAGGAAGUCGCCGGAGGAGGGACUUCGCAAGUCUGGGGGACGGAAUCCGCCCUCACCUGGCGCAAGACUCUGAUAUGGCUCUCCGCUCAUACCGACCUUCCGAUUGUCCUCAAGGGUAUCCAGACCCAUGAGGAUGCAUACGCGGCAACCAUGUUCCCGGCUGUUAAGGGUAUCAUUAUCUCCAAUCACGGUGGAAGGGCAUUGGACACGGCCAACACACCCAUGCAAGUUCUGUUGGAAAUUAGGAAAUUUUCCCCUCGGGUCUUCGAUCAGCUAGAAGUCCUUAUUGAUGGCGGUAUCAAGAGGGGGACAGAUGUCGUCAAGGCGCUGGCUUUGGGUGCAAAGGGCGUAGGGCUUGGCCGAGCUGCACUCUAUGGCCUAGCCGUGGGUGGAGAGGAUGGCGUCUACAGAUCUCUACAGAUUCUUGCAGGCGAGGCAGCCACGGCCAUGAGACUCCUGGGUGUCAGCCGUGUGAGUGAUCUUCGGCCACAACACGUCAACACUGCUAUGUUGGAUGCUCAGCUUUAUGACGGACCUUCUGGCUUGGGCGCGGUGGAAAAUAGCUUAAUGGCCAAAUUAUAG